UUUUCGCUUCUCUUCAUAGAGUUCUUAGAUCGCGCAGAAUUCGCACGGCAGGAAGUGUGUUGUGGUGACUUUUUCCCGUUUCGAACACGAAGACUGUGCAUUCGCGUGCCAUACUCAUCAUGACGUUGGAGUGAUAGAAAAGGGGGAAAAUAUUUUGACACACCUGUUAACCUCAGCGCACCUGUGAAGGAUCAUCAAGGUAGUUGUUGAAGAGAGCUUCAGUUCAAGGCACGCUACCCAAGAGUGCGACAUUCCUUUUUUUGACAACGACGAUGUUGUAAGAUCUAUGUACAAGUUCAGCAUCAACCGCAGAGAUAGAGCCAUCAAUAAUACAAUCAAGUGUGGGUACAAAUAUUCCUGAGAUGAAAGAAAAGUACUGAUUAGCCAGCAUCAUCAUGACGCAUAGCGAAACAUUCCUCUCCGCCAAAUUUGGCGGCUUUCACUCCCCUUUCACCAACGACUACUUGCUGAAGCACGGCAAUUUCUUCAUGAAGCCGACAAUCCACCCGGAUGGAUUCGUGUAUCCCGCCAUCAGCGAAUCUGCCAGGUUUCAGAUGUACAAAGAUCUCAAAUGCGAGGUGGCGGAGCCUGAUCUGCCACUCAACUUCGCCAUCAAGCAAGAGAAACCACCCACGCCACCGGCAUCCACAUCCCCUACACCCCUUAAAUCGCCUUCCCCCACGGAUCUUACGCAAGAUACGACGCAGAUGAUAAAUGGUCAUUCAAAGAAUGCAACAUGGAUUCUUGGAAAGCAGAAACUGAGCUGGGACAAUUCCACAGUAGCUAGCUACAACCCGGACACCAAGAUGUUCCGAUGCGUUGUCUGCAAUGCCGUUGGGUUUCUUUCCCGAAUCGCUGAACACUACCUCGGAACGCACACUAGUGCGAAAGUAUUCCAGUGCCUACACUGCCCUUACAGCAGUACAUGGUCUCGAUGUGUACGCAUGCACAUGGCGAAGCACCAUGGUGUUCCCAACGCGCCGCCUUCACUAUGGAAAGGCCAACCUUUACUUGAAGAAAUAUUCCAACUUCUGACCAAUCUGAAGACAACAGUGGACAGUCAAGGAAGGGAGAGACUCGAUCCAGAACUCUGUGACAAGAAAUUUAUUUGCCCUAAAUGCCCAUAUACUACCGAUCGUCGGGAUCUUUACUUACGACACGAAAAUAUCCAUAAGGAGGAUAAACCCUACCAUUGUUAUAUUUGUUUCAAACUUUUCAAUCGAGCUGAUCACGUGAAGAAGCAUUUCUUGAGGAUUCACAGAGGUCAUCCGUAUGAUAUCAGUUUGGUAAGGAGGAGACCACCAAGAGUUCCUGCUGUGUCCGGGAACAAUACCUCCAACAACGGCCAAACGAAGAGUGGGUCCAAUAACUUCACAGUAGACAAAUUAAUAUCCAACGACAAUGACAAUAAAUCUGGGAACGAUGUCAUUGAUUUGAGUCGACGAGAUUCAUCGCCCAGUGACUCAGGCUCGAAUGGUAAGCAGAUGAAAACAUUCCAGUGUCCGUAUUGUGAAUGGGAAGGUGUAGAUAGCUGGUGCUUAAGGCGUCACAUGAACGUACAUCUGAAAUCUUUCGAGUGUCCUAUUUGUGAAUUCAAAGUAGCAAAAGCAGAAAGACUUUUUACUCAUGUCUACAGAGCUCACAAGAAACUUAUUUGCACCAAAUGCAAAUUUUUAACCGAUCUUGCACAAGAUUUUGAAGUCCAUAUCAAGGAUUGCUGUUUGGAAAUGGUCGUCAGUGAUGUGUUCGAUAAAAUAUCCGAAGACAGCCAUGACGACAGCGAUAUUGCCAGUCCUGAACUCAAACUGGAAUCACUCAACGGUAAUUCAGACGUCAGUCAGGCGACACCUUUCCCACUUCCAGAUACCACCAAGAUGUUCGACGCCCGGAUUCCAUUGGAUCUCAAGGGUUCCGUCAGCUUGAUGCCGCUUCACAACAGCAUCUCUUACUGCUAUCCGGCACCCCAGGGAUUCAGGACCCACGAUUUGAACGGUUUAACUGCUGCCAUGCCGGAUGUUGUCAUGAAUGGCAACAGAAAGCCGUCACCAUCGACCCAAUGCAAAGUGGAUAUCAAACCAGAAUUGGCGUCACCUGUACAAAGUUCGAGUGACAGUGGAGUUGCUGAUAUUGCCAGCGACAACAACAACGAUCAGGACUAUACUUGCUAUCACUGUGGUUGCGAAUUUGCCAAUCGUUCUUCGCUUGAAACCCACACCGAACUGUACCACCGCGAUGAACUCAAAGAUUCUGAUUCUGCAAAGAAAGCCACUCCUGAUCCUCCCCCACAGAAGACCAAGAAGUUCUCGUGUGCCAUUUGUAAUUUCAACAGCGACAAACAGCGAACCAUCAUCGAACACAUGCGGUUCCACACGGGAGAAGUUCUCCAUUGCCAAGCUGGUCCACCAUGUGCCUUCAAAACUGUCUGCGAUUCCACCCUCGAGAAGCAUGUAGAGACAGAACACACCGACAACUUGAAAAGAUGUCCUCACUGUGGCUACCACUGCACCGCAAGGGUUCCUUUCAUUCGCCAUUAUCGAAAGUGUCACCACUCAAAGUCCUGCAGUCGCUGCCGUGACAUCAAACACAGCCUCGAUCCCAAACUCAUCCGCAACGAAGAACUGUCCCAGUUGUUGGAAACCAGCAAAAGUCAAUCAUCUACAGAAGAAAUUCUGCCCUAUCUGCAUCGCAAUCCGUAUUCAAAGAAGGCAAAUGGUAUAACGCCUUAUGCCCACUGCAAUGCUGCCAUGUCCAAAGUGGCUGUUGCUAUUCCGCCAUCGCUACAGAGAACUGCAGAUGACAUUGUGGCAGAAAUCUCAUCUCAGGACCAUCGGGAACGCAAGUCCAGGAAGCAGUCGGCACCAAGAAAGCUGCUGCCCAUUGACAAGCCCGAGACUAACGCAGUCCAAAAAGUGGACACUAUCUGUGAUAAAAACAAAAGCAUCAAGAGGCCAAGGCUAAGUCCGACCCUCGCAUGCUUUAGGAAGAAGUUGCUCAAAUAUUCAAAACAAAUGCCUCCUAAGCGUUGCAAUUUGAAUCAUGUGCGCACUUUCCAGUUCAGAAACAAUGUCAGUUAUGUUCGCCACUCUUAUUGGUGUCUUCACGCGAUGAAAUAUCAUUGUAAGAAAUGUAGUAGAAGGUUUAGACACGAAUAUCAGGUUCUUUUGCAUCAAAGAAAAGAGCACGAGAAGGUUUAAUAUUUGUAUUAACGCACCUUUGUCAACUUUUGGAUGUUGGGAAAAUUUUAUUAGAAACAAAUGUUAAUAUUUAUGAUAAAUAUGAUUCUAUUUUAACACUGUGAUAUAAGAAAAGUAUAAUAAUUGGAGUGUGUUUUGGUUAAAAUGUGUCCCAAACACUAAGUGUUUUGUUGGUUUUUGUGAAGAUUGUAUUUUAUGGAACGAAGUUUCAUUUAUUUUCGUUUAUUUUUUAAAAAUACCGUUAUUAGAUGUUAUAUUGGUGUGAAGUAUAUUGAGAAUUAGAUUAACUAAAAGAGCGAUUUCAUAAUAAGUAACAUUGUGAUCUUGUUUAUUUAAUAUAAAUUUAAACGGCUGUUUGGAUUUGAGCUGAUAUGCUGGUAAUACAAAUCAUUGAAUCACAAAAAAUACAAUAAUUGAACAUACAAACCAUUGAAAUUUCAAUUAAAAAUUGUCAUAAAUUACAAAAAUAUUUGACAUAUAUUUUGCAAUUAUAUUCAUUUCUUUGUGAAAAUGUCAUAUUUUCCAGUUUAAUCUUAAAAAGUCAAAGAAAAUUUAUAAUAGAUAAAUAUGGAAAUAUUUCAGUUUCUUUUUUUAAAAUUUUAAUUAUCUGUUUUCAAUUAUUUUGAAUAGUGCAUAUGAAAUGGAAUCGUGCAAAAUCCUUUAUAUCAGCUGAAAGGAAAAAAAAUUAAUAAUUAUUUUUUAAAGAUCAAAAUUUUAUUUUUGUUGUCAUUGUAUAAAAUCAUUGUUUAUUACAAAACGUUUAAGAGAAUUUUCACAUUUUAUGUUUUAAUAAUUUUAAAUUUAUUUCUAUUAUAAUACGAUUGAUGUUUCUAUCAGUUUUACUAAUUGAAUUGUUGUUAACAUAUCUAAAUAUUAUUUAUUUUUUCAAAAUUUCUAUACAAUCUAUUGUAAUUAUGUUUUGAUCCAUUUAUAUUUUCAAAAAAUUAUUAUGUUUUAUUAUAACCAUUUAAUUGUGUGUA